AUGGCUUCUUUAAUAAGGAAUUAUUUCUCGCUUCUUCCCAUUCUUUUAGAACUGUCUGUUGUGUUGGCGCAAUCCUGCGAUAUACAGUUCGACGGUCGAGUUUCAGCCGGUUCCGCAGUUGCCGACUUCGAUGCCACGAACAACCUCUUCAGUACUGACAACGUCUUCGGUCAAGGUCUCAAGUUCAGUCAACUUCUAGAGCUGCCAGCCGUCACUCCAUCAUUACCAAAGUUCGACGUAAAUACAAUUCCAGUCGAAGUGACAAUCAGCGACCAGUCGAUAUUCGCUCCAAGCGCCGACAAUGUCCAAACUGGUUUCCGACGGGCGGAAUUACUUCCCGCCAGCAACUCCGGCACUGAUCCUUCCACCACCGGCGUCAAGACUCUCCACUUCAGCGUCAUGAAGGAUGCCGACCGGCCGUUGAACCUCUCACACGAAUAUCAGCUUGUAUUCCUAGAGAGCAACGACUUCAGCACGAACCAACUCGUCUUGAAGACCGGCACCAUCCUAGGCCAAGCCACGGCUGAUCCUGACACGUUGCAGCUGAUUGGCAAUGUCAAUGAUGGUGCUAACGUGCUAUUCAGCACGCCUUUUGUCGACGGGGCUUUCCAUAACUUCGGAGUUACUCUCGAUUUCAAUAACCUAACUACACAAGUCUUCUUCUCGGCGGGAACAGAUGCUCUUGAGGCCGUCACCCAGCCGAUUGCCAAUGAUGUCAGCGGCCAGGGGCAAUUCCAUUUUGGAGUGCUCAAGAAGGGAUUGAAUGGUGGGGACGAUAUCGUCAAGAACGGUGAGCAAGAGGCUGGAAUAAACGAAGGCAUUAUUUUUGGGGGUAUAUUUGAAGAGGACAGCUCAACGGGAUGCAUCAGCCUUUCUCCUUGA